ACAGAGCACACGAGUGAAGCCCAUCAUCCCUCGACUGACUCAGCGAUGAUGUCACUGUCUGCGCCGUUUAUCCUCCGCUCCGACGGCCAUGGCUCUCCGAACUUGCUUGGCCCUCUCCGACCAUCGCUCUCUCGAGUCCAAUUCCUCAUCUCCGAUCGCCGCGCCUCGCGUUCCGACUCAGAAUCACGGCCCUCGCGCCCGAGUUUCGGGCUUUCCUCACGAGGGCGACCGGUUCUUGCUGCCAGCGCUUCGUUUGAGCAAGAGGGAGGCGAACCUGUCGAUUCUUGCGGUCCUGCUAAAUGGGUGCGGCCCAAGCGCCUCGGCGGCGACGUUGCGACAAGAAGUGGAGCUGGAGAGGUACACAGACUCCAAGGAGGGCUUCACUCUCCUCAAACCUUCUUCUUGGGUUAAGGUGGAUAAAGCAGGGGCGACGGUGCUGUUUGAGGAGCCAACCAAGGGGAGCAACAAUGUGGGAGUGGUGGUGAGUCCAGUUCGUCUUGCCAGCCUUGGCGAAUUCGGGAGUCCUCAGUUUGUCGUGGACAAGCUCAUACAAGCUGAAAAGCGCAAAGAAAGUACAAAAGAUGCUGAAGUGAUUGGAGUGGCUGAGAGAUCGGGCCAGGGAGGCUUGCAAGUAUACGAGUUUGAGUACAAAUUGGACAGCACCAGGGGAGGGAUGAAAAGGAUCUUUUCGGCUGCGUUUGUGACCUCAAAGAAGCUCUAUCUCUUAAAUAUUGCUCAUUCAGACAAGCCGGAGAGCCCACUUGACACCCAAACAAGGGUGAUGUUGGAGGAAGUUCUCCAUUCUUUUGAUGCUGCUCCUGGCACAUGAACAUCACGGUCCAUCACGACUUGACUAUUUGCUCUAUGCCACUCAAACACGGUUACUGACGGCUGAGGUGGCAAAACUCGCCUCUUAAAUGACUCUGGCGAUGCGUUCUAGGAAGCAAAGGGUAUCAUUCUUUAUGUUCUUAGGUGAAACGAAGGGUGAGAUACUUUUUUUUUUAAACAGCCUCUGUGAAUGAUGACUAAGAGGCUUUAUAUCAUUCUUGCGUUUCUACAUACCUACCAGAAUUUCUUAUGUCGAGUUGUUCUCCUAUCGGGGAUUAGUAAUUUCUGUUAGGUAAUGCUUUUUACCACACCUAGGAUGGCGUUUUCGCUACACCCGUUCUCAAUUAUCUGCCUGGUUAUGCUUA